ACAGUCUGCGUCGAACAACGGCCGAUGCAAGUUCAGUUUGAAGUGAUACCAGAUGAAGUUUGCGAAUCCGCGCGAUUAAAUAAAUGAAUAUUCUUCAUCAACAGAGUCUCAGAGUUGCACGUAGAAUUUCAGUGAGUCCAAAAGUAGACAUCGAUUAGACGAAGCCAUAUAAACAUUAAGCACGUGUGAGUGCACACCUUUGCUGGUCACACUUAACGUUAUAUUUGUGAUUGAUAUACAUACAUACAUACAUAUGAAUAUAGUAAUUCAUAUUUGUAUGAUUUUGAAGGAGAAACAAAUUGGCUAAGCAGCGAAAAACUAGCAAUAAAACACAAGCAAGAUGAUCGAGCGCGAAGUCAUACACACAAACAAAGUAUCGAAACGCAUCAUGGACAUAGCGCAGGACGUUAGCGAAUUCUUUGUGGUGUUUAUUAAAAUUCUCUUAGAAUUGUUGCAUCGCCUUUUUGAAAAGAUGAUGAAUAAAAAACUUAAAGAUAUAAGUGGCGAAAUUAUAUUGAUAACAGGCGCAGGGCAUGGUAUUGGUCGCGAAUUGGCCUUGCACUACACUGCCUGGGGCAGCAUAGUAGUCUGUGUAGAUAUCAAUGAGAAGAACAAUGAAGAGACUUUGAAAAAAGCUAAACGACUUAUGCAAAACUCGGUCUAUGCGUAUACUUGUGACGUUUCCGAUCGCGAUGCGGUCUUAAAGUUAGCCGCCAAAGUUGAAGCCGAAGUUGGACGUGUUUCUGUGCUGGUAAACAAUGUUGGUAUCAUGCCCACACAUCCGCUGGAGCAACAUACAGUAGAGGAGAUAAAGCGCGUAUUCGAUAUAAAUGUAUUAUCACAUUUCUGGACACUCGAGGCAUUUUUGCCGCAAAUGAAGCAACAAGGUCGUGGACAUAUUAUCUGUAUUUCUUCGAUAGCCGGAAUCGUAGGGCUGACCAAUUUAGUUCCAUACUGUGCUACAAAGUAUGCGGUGCGUGGCAUGAUGGAGGCGUUGCAUGAGGAAAUACGCGAUGGACCCUACAAAGAUUUUAUCAAACUCACCAUAGUUUAUCCUUAUAUGACCAAUACUGGUCUCUGCAAGCGGCCGAAAGUUAAAUUUCCUUCUAUGCUUGGACUUUUAGAUCCAAAAGAGGUUGCCAAGCAUAUAGUUGAGGCGCACCGCUCCAACGUCAAUGAAACCACAAUACCCAGCAGUCUUUUGCAUAUCAACAAUUGGUGUCGCCUGCUGCCUUUGCGUUGCGGUCUUUUGCUGAAGGAUUAUAUAGAUAGUGGCGUAGAGUCCGAUUUGUGAGUGCAUGAGCGUUGCUGAGAAAUAAAUAGUUUUGUAUUUGAAAUAUUUUAAUAUGAUUGUAUUAUAGUGUAUAUUGGUUGCAUUGUAUAUUACGAAUUUAAAAAAAAAAAAAACAGAAAAAAAAAUUAUAUCAAUAAAAUAUAAAAAGACUUGUGUAUUUGAAAGUGGAAAGUAAUUCAUGAAAUAAAUAAUUAUUGCGGAUACAGAAUGGAAAUGCGAUAAGUCUUCAUUAAGCUCAAGCAAUAAUUUUUGACGUGAUAACGUCUUAUAAUUCGAUUUAACAGGCUGCAUGCACGAAAAAAUGUGUCG